AUGGCAUCAAAUUCUGCAGUGGCAGAUGAACAGGUUGUUGUUGGAGAGGAGAUAGAGCAUGUAAGGGUGAUAACUUUGAACAGGCCAAGGCAGUUGAAUGCCAUCUCACCAGAACUGGUUUCUCUGCUUGCAACAUAUUUGGAAAAGUGGGAGAAGGAUGAGAACGCAGAGCUAGUUAUCAUAAAGGGGGCUGGUCGGGCUUUUUGUGCUGGAGGAGAUUUGAGAGUGUUCUAUGAUGGCAGGAAAACAAAGGAUGCCUGCCUUGAAGUUGUCUACAGAUUUUACUGGCUUUGUUAUCACAUUAGUACCUAUAAAAAAACCCAGGUUGCUCUUGUUCAUGGAAUUUCAAUGGGUGGAGGUGCAGCUUUGAUGGUCCCAUUGACGUUCUCAGUUGUAACAGAAAAAACUGUUUUUGCCACUCCUGAAGCAAGUUUUGGUUUUCAUACUGAUUGUGGCUUCUCAUACUAUCAUUCUCGUUUACCAGGGCAUUUAGGUGAAUACUUUGCACUUACUGGAGGAAGGUUGAGUGGGAAGGAAAUAGUUGCUGCUGGACUGGCAACCCAUUUUGUCCCUUCUGAGAAAAUUGUUGAGCUAGAGAAGCGCCUUAUUAGCUUGAAUUCUGGAGAUGAGAAUGCCAUAAGAUCAGUAAUUGAAGAAUUUUCAUCAGAAGUUAAUCUUGAUGAAGAGAGUAUCUUAAACAAGCAAUCAACAAUCAAUGAGUGCUUCUCAAAGGAUUCUGUGGAAGAAAUUAUAAAAUCAUUGGAAGUUGAAGCAAACAAGGAAGGAAAUGGAUGGAUGGGUGCAGUUGUGAAAGGAAUGAAAAGAUCAUCGCCAACUGCAUUGAGAAUAGCAUUAAGAUCGGUUCGUGAAGGAAGGAAUCAAACACUAGUUGAAUGCUUGAAAAGGGAAUUCAGAUUAACAAUUAAUAUACUGCGAACAACAAUAUCUGAGGAUAUGUACGAGGGUAUUAGAGCUCUCACCAUUGACAAGGAUAAUUCUCCAAAGUGGGAACCUUCAUCGCUUGACAAAGUAGAAGAUGCAAAGUUGGACUUGAUCUUUCAGCCAUUUGAGAAGAAUUUAGAGCUGCAUAUUCCAGAAAGUGAUGAAAGCAGGUGGGAUGGUAAAUAUGAGAAUUCAGCUUAUGCUCUUCUUCCAAAUUGA